CUCUCCGUUUAUCAAGAAACCCACUUUUAUUUGCACUCAACAUGGCGCGCGCGGCCGCCCCCACACAAAUGAUCGUCCUCCCCAUCAAGGAGGAGAUCCAGAUUGACACGCCUUCCACUCCAGCUGGUCAAGUCUGGUCUCAGAUUCUGAACGUACUAGAGAAUUGGAGUGGAUUCCGCCGGCUGUACUGGGGACGACACGUGGAAAAGCCGGGAGAGGUCCAUCUACAUAUCGUCCGCGAUUCGCUCCACCAGCAUUAUGCUCUCCUGGCUUCACCAGAAUGGCAGCGACUCACGGCCAGUCUGGGCGCGCUGGGCGUACCAGGUGCCACGUCGCUGAUCGUGCGGCAUGCGAUGAUGUCCGAGUUCACUCCUCAGCCCAAGAGCCUGGGCAACGGUGCGCCCGUCACGGGGACGGCCAUCUACCUCACCCCUGACCCGGCCGGGUGGGAAGCAACGUGGGCGCUAUGGACGACGAUCGUGCCGAAGGUACCUGGAUGUCUCGGGGUCACCGGGGGAUGGAUGGUGGAGCCGAUGGAGGAGUCGCUGUGUUAUGUGGUGUAUGUGGGAUGGGAGAGCGUGGAAAUGCAUGACGCGUAUCAUCAUACGAAGGACUUCCGCCAACGGGUGGUGAUUCUGCGCGAGAACAACCAAGGGUAUCGCGAGUACGGGCACGUUGCAUUUAGGCACUCGCGUACUCGGCGUCCGGCCAAUCUGUGAGGUGCCGAGCUUGUUUUCUUUGUCACUGACGGAGCUAAAGUAGGGACCUGAUCUAUCUAUGCGGUAUACGGGAACUGCCCUAUCGUGAUGAUUUCUAGCUCCCGAAAGUACCGAGUCGUCAGCACUAGAAUGAUUAGGCCCAAAGGGAGAUCGUCUGAUGUCUUAGUCUCAGCCCGUACUCCGUAGAAUAAGGCUGAUGGCUGAUCCUAUCAUCAGCUAAGAGAUACAUA